AUGUUAAACAACAGCAGUGAAGAGAAAAGCACCGUCUGGUAUCCGGAGGGCUCUCACCUGGAGAACAUCCUCUUUGCCAGCUUUUACACUGUGAUUUUCAUCAUAGCUGUGCCAGGAAACAUCCUGGCCCUGUGGGUGUUUACCCAGGAGAAGAAGAAGAAUUCACCCUCCAAGGUUUUCCUCAAGAACCUGGCAGUGGCUGACGUCUCCUUUGUGAUGAUGUUGCCCAUGCGCAUUAUCUACCACCUCAUGGACAGCCACUGGCCCUUUGGAGAAAUCCUCUGCCGCCUGCUGGGCUACCUCUUCUACCUCAACAUGUACUGCAGCCUGUACUUCAUGACCUGCAUCAGCCUUGACCGCUUCAUCGCCGUGGUCUUGCCGAUCCAGGCACUGAGGAUACGGAAGCCUGUGUAUGCCAGCGUGGCCAGCGCAACGCUAUGGUUCUGCCUUGUCAUUGCCAUGAUGCCACUGCUGCUGUCCCAGCAAACUGUGCAACUGAGUGACUCCAACAGGACUGUGUGCAACCAGCUGUACCGCGAAAAGACGUCGGCAAGGGCCUUGGUGUCCACCGCCGUGGCUUUUGCGAUCCCGCUGAUCACCAUUGCGGCUUCUUACAUCCUGAUACUGUACAGGCUAUGCAGGAAGAUGGAGCUGGAAAAUAGACCUGUGAGGGAAAAAGCCAUCAGGAUGAUCGUUUUGAUCCUUGUAAAUUUCACUGUGGCGUUUGUGCCGUACCAUGUGACACGCUUCAUCUACAUAGAGGGCUCGCAUCACAGGGAAAUGACUACAGGUGAAAUGGCUUCCCUUGCUCUUGGCAAUCGCAUCACUUCCUCUCUCACUUGCAUCAGUGGAGUUUUGGAUCCUGUUAUGUACUUUUUUCUUACCAAGACCUACCAAAAGUCAUUGCUCUUGCUGUUUCGCAAGCGCAGUGAAGGAGACCAGUCAAGAAUAGUUUGA